CUGGAUGUGACGUAGAGUGGGGAAGACACCGGAGCGGGUGUAGGCAUCUAAAACCCGGUUUCUCCAUCAGGGAAUCAGAACGCUGGAAGACACAACGAAACACGGAACAACCUGCUGAACUCAUCCUCACAUUUCAUCAUGUCUGAGAGUACAUUUGGUGGAAGCUAUGAGGAGUGCAGAACCACAGCUGAUUGGCUGCUGAAACACACCCAGGUGCGACCAACUGUGGGAAUCGUGUGUGGGUCGGGCCUCAGCGCUCUGGGUGACAUGCUCAAGGAUCCGCAGGUCUUCAAGUACUGCGACAUUCCCAACUUCCCCCACAGCACAGUGCGCGGUCACGCUGGCCAGUUGGUGUUUGGGACACUGAAAGGGAAGCCAUGUGUUUGCAUGCAGGGCAGGUUCCACCUUUAUGAGGGCUACCCAAUCCAGAAGAUUACACUGCCCAUGCGCGUCUUUAAACUGAUGGGUGUCAAGACGAUGAUCAUGACCAACGCUGCAGGAGGCCUCAACCAGGACUACAAAGUGGGAGACUUCAUGAUCAUCAAGGAUCACCUCAACAUGCCCGGCUUUGCUGGAGUCAACCCGCUUUGUGGGCCCAACGACGACAGGUUUGGCGUCCGUUUUCCCUGCAUGUCCGACGCCUACGACCGCGAGCUGCAGCAGCUGGCGCACGACGUGGCGGCCGAGCUCGGCUUCAGCAACUUCCUGCGAGACGGCGUGUACUGCGUCAUCGGAGGGCCGUCCUUCGAAACCAUCGCCGAGUGCCGCAUGCUGCACCGCCUGGGGGGCGACGCCGUUGGGAUGAGCACCGUCCACGAGGUGAUCGUCGCGCGCCACGCCGGGAUGCGCUGCUUCGCCAUGUCGCUGAUUAGCAACCGGGCGGUGAUGGACUACGACAGCCGGGAGAAAGCCAACCACGAAGAGGUUCUGGAGACGGGCCGGCAGAGGGCCAAGCAGAUGGAGGUUCUGGUGGCCACCAUGGUGGCCCGGCUCGACGCCGACGAGAACGAAGACAAGAACAACUCCUAAACCCAACGAGGAUUUGUAGAAUAUUACGGUUUUAAAUCCCGAGAACAAUAGCAAAAACUUCUACUGACUGUUACUUUAAAAUAAGUCAAAUACUAUUUUAUCAAAUCUACUUUGACACACUCCUCCUCCUCCUACUUGAGUUGUAUAGAUUGUAGAUGUUCACAGAUUCCUGCUGUGCAGCUUUGCAUUCUGUUCACCUGACUAAUUUAGCAUUUUGUAACUUUAUUUUCCAAUUAUUUAUUGUCAAAGCUGUAACAUUCCCUAAUAUCAGUGCAAAGCGGACCACGUCUGAAAUAUUGACAACUGUAAAAGUGAGAUGUAAAAGGAACAAAGAUAUUUCUAAGAUGUAUUUAUGUGGUGGUUUGGGUUUGGAGAAUUAUUUUAAGAAGGGACGCUGCCCUACACAGGGCGACUGCCAGUGUAUUUAAAUGUAAUUAAAAUGUCCUUUCACUGUGAAAGAUAAUGAAUAUUUGUCAGUUUUACUUUAUUUUACGAUUAUGGCUUCAAUUUUCUAAUAAAUUACCUGGAAUCAAAGUGAUUUUGUGCCUCAAAUUUCAGGUUUUUGCUAUUAUCCAAGGUCGAAAAUGUUGACUUUUGCAUCUUUCUGCAGCAGUUUUUAGUCACGACCUACGUUAAGUUACAGAUUUAGGUGGUUCCUGUUUGAUAUUAUAUGUUAUAAUAUCAAAUAUUAUAACUGCAAAACUUAUUUGCAUUUAUUGCAAAUAAGUUUUGACACCAUGAAGACCAAAAGUUGUUUUUAAUAUUUUAAUGGUUGGAUUAGAGAGGAAUAUGUCCUUUUUUAUCAAGAAUUAUCAGAAUAUCAAAAUAUCAUUAACAUGGCAACAAAUGCAACAAAAAUAGUGAUUAACAAUUUAUUUGAAUUUAACAGUCAUCUUUGUUUUGUACACAGUUAUUGUACUCGGCUUCAAUAAAAUAUCAUGUUUUGUUUCUGA